AUGGCAGCUGAUCUCUUGCUUUGGGACCACCCAGUGAGCUGUUACGCACAAAAGGUCAGGAUUGCUCUUCGGGAGAAGGGCAUUCCAUUCAACUUCGCAACGCCGAAAGGUGCAGGCACAGGAGACCUUGCGAACAUGGAUCCUGCGUUCGCCAAAAACAAUCACCGCGUCGAAGUGCCGACGCUUGUCGACGGCGAUCUGACCAUCUUUGACUCAACCAUCAUACUUGAGUAUCUUGAGGACAAGUAUCCUGACAAACCACUUCGUCCAGCCGAUCCCGCAGCACGAGCAAGAGCGCGCAUGAUUGAGGAUGUGUGCGACUCACAAUACGAGGCGAUAAACUGGGGUAUGGGAGAGGUACACGGAUACAAACGGGCUGAAGGAGAACUGGCCAGGAAGAUGACGGACGAAGCCAAGCAACAGGCUGGGGAAGUGCAGAAAUGGCUCACAGAGCAGCUUGGUGACGCAGAGUGGUUUGGGGGAGUCAGCCUCGGAUGGGCAGACGUGUGCGUGUGGCCAUUUGUGAAUCGUUCGACAUCAUACGGUAUGGAGCCUGCAGCAGAUAGUGCCCUCGGGAAAUGGUACGAGAGGGCGAAACAACGUCCAUCCGUGAAGUCGGUGCACGAGGAGUUCGUUACAGCUACCGCCACGUUUUCCUCGGCGGCUGCUGAGGCAAUCGCGAAAGGAUUGAUGAGGCGUGAGUACCGCGAUCAUCGACUGGAAUGGAUGAUCAAGUCUGGCGGAAUAGGUGUCGUUAAGGAAGGGCUGGAAAAGAACACAAUCCGCUUUUCCUGGCCAUGUGCAAGAGAAUGAUCACCUAUCAGGAAGGUCUAGAUGCCACGGCACGGCCAUGCUGCGGUGUCUUGAAGCAUGUAACAUACUCAGACAAGUUGCGGCGGUAAUCGUUGAAGCUAUGAUCUUUGCCUGUAUGCGGUUCGGG